UAUAAAAGUGGAGGGGAGGGGAUUUCUAAGGUGCGCACAUGAGAGCUUCCUUGUUUUCUACGCCAAAUCACAGAAAAAAAUCAUCAAGACAGUUGGGAAAAUGGGUGAAACUGCGAAGGAACUAAUUACAGUAUCUCGUGGAAAGAAGACACACUUCUAGCAGCGUGAAAAGAGUAUGAAGAUCAAUUGUGAGGUUAUGUGACAUUGUGGGGAAUUUCUUACCAGAUGACGUCCAGUCAAAACAAUCAACAAACAAGAGGCUGAUUCGGGAUGGAAGUGAAAGAAGAGGUUUUCCUGGAUCUCAGCAUCGUGAAGGAGGAGUACAGUAUUGCUGAAGUGAAGACGGAGCCCAAAGAUGGCCAGGAAACCGUGCAGUUUGUCAUUGAGGAGAUUUCCGAAGAGGAACCCAAAGAUUUUCCCUGUUCUCAGUCCUGCACUUGCACUAUUUGUAAGAAACUCAAUGUAAAGCAUCAGUCUGAGAAAUCCUUGUCGUGUGAGAUUUGCGGUCAGAGCUUCAAAUUGAGCGUCAAUCUGAAGUCACACAUGAAGAGUCACGACAUCCAGAGUCCAUUGAGCUUCUCUUGCUCUCAGUGUGGCAGUGAAUUCUCGUCGGCCAAGGCGUUGUCUUCACACGUGGCCAGACAUUCUGCCAGCAUGAAUUGCAAGAUCUGCAAGCAAACAUUCAAGAAUCGCUUCACGCACAGACGCCACCUGAAGACGCACAGCGCAGAGAAGAAGUUCGAGUGCAAGUCCUGCGGUCGGAAGUUCAGAGAAGGAUCCAGUCUCAAGCGACACAUUUUCCUGCUGCACGAGAAGGUGCAAGAGAAGGACGACACGAAAGUCUUCAAGUGUUCGUACUGCAGUCUUGAGACAGUGGGCAAGAUCAAGCACAAAAUGCACCUCUUGACCCACACGAGAGUGACAAAUGUGGAGUGUUCAAAGUGCCGGAAGAGAUUCAACUUGCAGAAGAUCUUCUAUAUGCCCAUGAGGAACGAGUCGGACAAGCCGUACAUUUGCUAUGGGUGCGACAUGGCGGUGAAGAGCAAGGAGGAGCACAAGGAAUCGCAGCUGAAGCGAGCUGAACACCCCAAGAUUUGCUUUCACUGCGAUCAGACGUUCUACAAUGCGCAGAGCUUCAAGAAUCACGUGCAGGAAGCGCAUCAGGACGUCUUCGGCGAGGAGACACAGCAAGACGCUCAACGUGGCAGUGAUCUAGUGAAUUUGAUAAAGAUUGAGGUGAAAGAAGAGGAUUCCAGUUGAGAAGAAUCAAUGCUUUUAAAAUAAAGGAUCCCA